ACACGGACGGCGGAGGCGGUCACGCGAGGAAUAUUAGGAUCCGCCACCGGUGAGGAGGAACACGGACGACGGAGGCGGUCACGCGAUGGAGAAGCCGCCGCCGGAGCCCGCCCCCGCGGCAGCCGCGGAGGAGGUGGCGGCGCGGUUCAGGUCGCUGGUGGACCCCGACGACGUCGCCUCCAUCAGGCAGACGCAGCACCUCAUAAUGGGGCGAUUGCAAGAUAGCAAUGCAGUUCUCACACAUUUUAAUGAGUAUUCCGAGCAAUGCUUUGCAGAAGUGUCUAGUGAUUUUGCUAGUAAAACUCGCCUUCUCAAGUCCAUGAAAGCUGACCUUGAGCAUAUUUUCACAAAGCUAAGAGGGAUGAAAGCAAGGCUAGCAUCCACUUAUCCGGAUGCUUUCCCUGAUGGGGCGAUGUCAAAGACGAUGGACCAAAGACCAGACCUUGAAAGUCCUCUGGAUUAGUUGGUCUAACGCCAAAAAUGGUGAAGUGCCGAGAUAUAUGGGCGUUGCUAAUAGGUUUGGUCAUCUACUCGUGGACUGAAGCAACAUAUCCUCAUUGUGUUGUUGCAGGAAAUCCUAGCUUUGAGGAACUUGUGGUUCUGUUUAUACAGCUGUAGCUCUCUGUAUUAGAACUUAGAACUGAGCUUAAUAGAUCAGUAUAUAUUUUUUUGUGUAAUUAUUGAAUUUUGCUAGUAUUCUUGGCAGAUCUAUUUAGAGCCGGUGCAUGGAGCCGUUAACAAACU